AGCUUCUCGAGUUGAGAGAGAUUUGUGCCUUUGAACUCCAUGGCAUAUUCAUCCUCUAACAGCGACAUAGAGGACUACAGCUCCAAAUCCAAUUCCAACCUGAGCCUCUCUGUGGGCUAUUUCCCCUGUGAGGACACCCCCUGUGAGGACACAACCUCCUGUGAAGACGCAACUUCCAAGGAUCCUUCCAUCCACUUUCUCCCUCCCAUCCAAGGGGCAUGGGGGACUGAAAGGAUAAGGAGAUGCAUGAAGAGACAAGACCAAAUUCAGGAUGAACCAGAGCAGUUUUGCAAACUAAGCAUCUUCCUAGCCUGGGACGUGGACGUCAGCUCCAACAACACAGACUCAAUAGCUAAUAGGCUUCUAAAUGGAGACAACCAGUGGAUAGAUGAGUUACCAAAAGAGAGAACAAAACUGUCUGUCAGCAAACUGAAUAAUCUUGUGCAAGAGUUUCAGACAUUUCUAGAAAAUGUGAAAGAUGAUGAAGAUGAUGACGCUGUAUUUCCUGAAAUGACUCAGAAAGAUUUCCAGCUGUCCAGCGGCUCCCCUCCGGAAAUGGUUCAGAUGAUAAGCCAGGCAACUGCCAGCCAAAGGACAAGUGCUCCAGAGAUCCCCUCAAUCCUGUCAGAGCAGCCGGAGAAGGAUGACACUCCUUCCUACACACAGGCCCAGUGCUGCCUGAACUUUGGGUGGGCCUUCAGCUGGCUGAGUCAGCGUAUCCUCUCCCCUCUGCUGAGGAGAGAUCACCCUGUGAAGGCCACCAAGAGUCCCCAUCGGCCAGCACCAAGGAAAGGACUCUUUCACAGAGGCAAGAGAAUUCAACCUCAAGAAACUCUUGAAUUAGGACAUCCCAUACAGACAGAUUUUUAAACUUUUUGGAAAGUUUAAGAUAAUCCAUAAUGAGGAUUCCAUUAAUAAUCCCCACCAGUUUAUUUUUUCCUCAAUAAACAAAAUAAAUGCUCUUGUUACCCCA